AUGACGAUCGUUACUAAUCCAGCGUGCACCGACAUCUGUCUUGAGGGGCAGAUCUCUCAAGCGUCUACUUCUGGCGUCCAAGCGAUUGGCACUCAUGAGUACGGGCAAUACGGAGAGUUGAGGAUAGAUGAGAACUCCCGGCUGUAUGAUAAUGAGAAGCAAAGCGACAUAGUGUUUGUGGCGGGUAUCAAUGGAGACACAUUCCGUUUUCCCGGUCAUCGCCGUGUCCUUGCAGCAACUAGUCCUGUAUUCGCUGCGUUACUUUCAACCAAAGCUGACGUUAUUGUUGUGGAUUAUAUCGAUAGACGAGGCUUUGAACAGCUCCUUCGUUACCACUACUGUGAACCCACACAGUUGACUUCUGUGUUCACUGCCAGAGCCACUCUCAAUGCUGCCUAUAAAUUUCUGUGCCCGCAACUUGCUGAGCGCUGUGCGAAACGGCUGGAUGAAAUGUUAGACGCGGAGGUCGCGCUUGAGAUAUUGCGUGAUUUGAGAUAUUUAUGCGCGAGGCUACCCGGAGCAGCUUCGGCGCCUCCUCUGCCAGCGUUGGAAAAUGACGCUGCUGCCAGGACUCUGUCACAUUGCGCUAUGUGGUGCGAUUCAUUGGCUCAUAACGCGUUGCUCGUGAUCGAUGAUAACGCUGACGCUGCCCUCACUCAUGAGAAACUCGAAGAUUUAACGUACGAAGAUCUUGCGCUGAUUGUGAAGCGGGACACGCUGCGUGUUUCUAGCGAGCUAGUUUUAGCGGAGGCGCUGUCUCGAUGGAGUAUAGCAGCUUGUAAACGCACUAAGAGAGAGCUCACUCCGAGCAAUAAACGUGCUGCGCUUGGUGAACUAGCGUACUGUCCACGUUACCUUUUACUCGCUGGUGAAGAAUUAGAUAGAGCUUUGGCUCUGGAACUAUUAGAACCAAUCGAGCGGGCUUUAGUACUGGCUCGAGCGAGGAAACUUUCAGCUCCCGUGCCUGUAGGAGCGGAGCAAGAGGCGAUGUUACGUCGCUGGGCGCAUCCAAGACCUUCCGAACCCGCAGCUGCUCCAGUUUGCUUGAGUCCAAGAUCCGAGCCGACCGAAGAGCCCAAACCAAGUAAACUCUGUGGGAGACGACCAAAGAAACUGAAACAGCCUUGCUUCGAACCAGAAGACAGUCGGAGAACGUCCAAAAGCAACUGCUGCUCAGACUGCUUCCACGGUCUCAUUCACGCUUUCGUCUGUCUAUUCGACUAA